GUCAUAAAUGUACUAUGAAUAACAUGCUGAUAUGUUUAUAUUGAUGGUGAGAAUUGAUUGUUUGCAUUGGGAUUGGGGUAAGGCAAGCUCCGAGUCGCCGAGAUAGAGCAGGGGUCCAUUACAUGAACAAGCAAGAGAUGACGAGUUACGGCAAGGGUGAGUUUCGCGGUCUCAAGAACAGACACCAACAGUAGACAGUUUCGUCACUGAGAUACUAGUGCAUCUAUGCAAGAGUUCAGUGUAAAUACAAGUCAAGAUCUCGAUAUAACUCAUGUCGUACUUAACUAAGUAGGUACCUAAGGUAGGUAAUGUUCUCCUGACAUACACUCUUGUCCAGUCACGUGAAGCUAUCCUUACAGGCAACCCCCACCAAGAGGAGAAGAGCACCCAAGAGAGGGGAGACUCGACUCAAGUUUCUCCCGCAACGGCCCCGCCUUUCUAUGGGACAAUACAAGGCAAUUCUCUCUUUCUACCGCCUAAACCGAACUAACCCAAGAGAUACAACCCACUCUCACGCCCGUUUCCAUCGACUUUGUCCUUUUGCUUCGCUUCGCUCUGCAUCGUGAGACUGUCGAUUUUCUCUCCUACACUUCAAUCCACUCUCCCAUCCACCCCUCAUCCUAAAGAUCCCGUCUCCUGACGUAGACCGCAAUCAUGUCUCAAUCCGGUGCCACCGUUUCGCAGGACUGCAUAACUGCCUUCAACGACCUGAAGCUCAACAAGAAGUACAAGUACAUCGUCUACAAGCUUUCCGACGACUACAAGGAGAUCGUUGUCGAGCACGCCUCCGACAACAGCGACUGGGAGGACUUCCGUGAGAAGCUCGUCAACGCUACCUCCAAGAGCCGAACUGGCGCUGUUGGCAAGGGUCCCCGUUACGCCGUCUACGACUUCGAGUACAGCCUGGCCUCCGGCGAUGGUAUCCGAAACAAGAUCACCUUCAUCGCCUGGUCUCCCGAUGAUGCCGGUAUCCAGCCCAAGAUGAUCUACGCUUCCUCCAAGGAGGCUCUUAAGCGAUCGCUCACUGGCAUUGCCACCGAGCUCCAGGCCAACGACACUGAUGACAUCGAAUACGACUCCAUCCUCAAGACCGUCAGCAAGGGUCUUGCUGGUUAAGCGCGCUGUCACCGACUACCCAAUCGUCGCCCGCGCUCCCAUAUAGAAGCGGGUGGACAUGGAAUUUGAACAUACCUAUGGCGGUUUCAAGAGUUGAGACACCAAAACAAGCAAAUGAGUAGGAGUGCAUAGUGAGUGGGUGGAACAAACACGCGGGGACGAUGGAGUGUUUCGUUUCCUCCAGGGACGCAGACCAGCGAGUUUACUUCUGGGGGCGAGACCUAGAUUCGCACAAUUGCCGGCACUGACCAUGUAUCGUACGUACCACGGGAAAUAAAACCGCAUGCUGGUAUGUGGCAACUAUUGGCAUUUUAUCAUCUAUCUAUUCAUGUGUCUCUGUCAUGCUCUCAUUGCUUCUAAACAUCGUCGCCUUCUAUGGAUUUGCUUGACUCGACUCCCAACUUGAUUUGAAAAGCUCAGAGAGACGUUCGGCCUCAGCUUCGUCCUUUAGUCGUUGCAUCAAGAAUCCUUUCAGGUCACUCCAGAAGGCCUCCGUCUGUAAGGCUUGGGCGCCUACGGGUUGGGCCUCAGGGGCGGCCUCAGGCUCUUCUGGUGGAAUAGCAGCGGCACCUCCGAUAACCAUAACCGUAAACUCAAUAGACAUAUCCGUCUCGCCUAGUAGGUCCUUAAGAAUCUUGCUAUCAGGGAUAGGCUUCUUGUUGUGCAGCAACUUAGUCUUAGCGGCGGGUAUCCUUGUCUGCUUCUCGAUAUUGGCCUUGAUAUCCAGGAUUGAGGUGUCUAGGGGUUGAGAGGUGAGCUUGAUGCUCAGAGGAGGGUUGCGAAGUGACUUGAGUGACACAGUGAUGCUUCGUUCGGAACCGGGAGCGAGGUUGUUGGGUUUGCUCAUGGCCUUGGGCAUGCGGGGGAUGAUGUACUAGAGCUGGUAUUAGCAUGUGUUCUGGAGGAAGAGUAUGAAGUCCAUACAGGUGGCCGAGCAGGGUAAGUCUUGGGGUCUUCGACAUGGUCGGCAGAGAGUCGGACAGGCCGCGACUCUAGCGACGCCAGAAAUGUUUGGGCGAAAGCGGUUUCAGACAUGAUGAUGGCCUCGUUGUGGUAGACUGUUAGCUCGACGGAGGCGGGGUUGAGCGACGAUAAUGAAUGUAGGGGUCAGAAAGUUGGAGGAUAGUGAAGGAAGUCUUUCGAUUGUAUAGGGUUCUAGAAGUAUGGUGAAUAUGUGACUAGCCUCUAUCUCGCAACAAUAGGAACUAAUCAAUAGUAGCCAGCUUCAUCAACUACCUAGGUAUCGUCAUUGAACACACCCAACAGAGCAAGCUCAAGCUGCCCACA